GUUACUUUGAACCUGUUUUACCAUAAAUGAGUCUCUGCAGAGCGGGUCGGUUCAUAAGCAAAAGAUGUUAACUAUGAAAACUCUCUCCAUUAUUGCUGUGAUUGGCUUCCUGCUCCUCAUGUUCACCUGCAAAGGUGAGUCACAGCAGACGGAUCCACCUCAGUCGGUUACAGUGAUGGUCGGUGAGGUCGUGGUUCUGCCGUGUUUCCUGAAACCUCCUAAAGAUGCGUCUCAGAUGACAGUGGAGUGGGGCAGACCCGACCUGAAACCCAGAUUUGUGUUUGUGAGUCUUGAAGGUCAAGAAUAUACAGCCGACCAAAACGAAGCCUACAGGGGAAGAUCGUCAAUGUUUCCCGAAAAUCUGAAAAAUGGAGACGUUUCACUGAAACUCUCUGAUGUCAGAAUAUCUGACAAUGGAAGAUACAGAUGCUACUUACCAAAAGAGAAGAAGGAAUAUUUUGUUGAGCUUGUUGUUGGUUCUGUUUCCUCACCUGGUGUCAGUUUAUCUGGACUGGAUGUCAGCAGCAGUGGAGUGAUGCUGGACUGCAGCGCUGCAGGCUGGUAUCCAGAACCUGAGCUGUUCUGGCUGGACGGAGACGGAAACAUCAUGUCUGCUGGACCUGCAGAGAAAAGCCCAGAUCCUGAUGGUGUUUACACUGUUAGCAGCAGAGUGACUGUAGAGAAGAGAAACUACAACAACUUUACCUGCAGAGUCCAACAGAGAGACAUCAACCAGAGCAGAGAGACACACAUUCAUGUUCCAGAUGGUUUCUUCAUUUCUCAGCCUGACUGUAAUAUUUUUAAUAUUUUUGCUGGGAUUUUGGGCCUCAUAAUUGUUAUUGGAGCUGCUGCUGCUUUUAUAUGGAAAUGGAGGCAAACUGAAACUUCAAAGAAGAAGCUAAAAGUUAAAGCGAAUGAGGAGGAAAAGCAGCUCAUGAUUAAAGAAAAAGAGAAAUUAUCUGAGAAGAAAUCAAAGCUUGAGGAGGAGUUAAAAUAUAGACAUGAGGAUCAGAGAAUUAUUGAUCAGCUGAUUGGAGCAUUAAUGGAGACAUCAGAGGAACUGAAGAAUCAGAGAAAACAACUCAGUGAUCAAAGAGAGAAAACAGAGAAAAUGAUUGAUGAGGAUGAGAAGAAAUUUAACACAGUUAUUAAUGAAGAAAGUAACCAGACAGAGAACUUGGUAGAGACUAGAGCACAAGGAUAUUUAAAACUGAAGGAAAUCAUGACAAAGAGUUUAGAGAAAAUGGAGAAGACAAAGAAAGAUCAUCAACAUGUGGAACUGAUGACAGAGAAACUAGUAGAGAAAACAUGUAAAGAGGUUAACAGGCUGAAGGAGAGGAAACAGGAAAUAGAGAAAAAUGUAGAGGAAAUUAAAAAACAACUUGAUGAAAUGAAAACCCAGCCGGCUGUCAGGAGAUUCUCCGGCUCCAGAGAUGCUGCAGCUGUAGUUCCCUUCAUCGGCCUUGGAGACGUUUCUGAUGGUCAUGUUGCUGCUGUAGCAGGUCAUGAGAUGGAGACCAUCUUUAUAGAAAUCUCUGAUGUGAUGCAGCUCAGUUUUCUCUUUGGCCUUCAGCUCAGUUUUCUGGUGGAUACACCGAAGUGUCAGGCCGGUUUGAUGGUGCAGGAUGGAGCUGGGGAGCUGCAGGGGUCUGAAGAGUUUGUUGGUCUGGAUUUGAUGAUUCUCGAGUCUCAAAGUUUAUCUCUAAAACCUUCGAUCAAAGCGUUUGUGUUUGCUGAACUCAUGUUUGGUUUCCUUCUCCUGGGAUUCACCUGCAAAGGUGAGUCUCUGGAGACGAAGCGGCCUCGGCUCGUUGCAGCGAUGGCCGGUGAUGACGUGGUUUUACCGUGUCACCUGGGAGUUACUGUGAACCCCGACGAGUUGGUGGUGGAAUGGGGGAGACUGGACCUCAACCCCAGAUUUGUGUUUAUGUGGUUUGAAGGGAGUGAAAAUGUAAAAGAGAAAAACGUCGCAUACAAAGGAAGAACGUCUGUGUUCACAGACAGACUGAGAGACGGAGACGUUUCAUUGAGGCUGACGGCUGUAAAACACUCUGACAACGGCAGAUUCAGAUGCUACAAUCCUAAAGAGAUUCAAGAAUAUUCUGUUGAUCUGCUUGUUGGUUCUGUUUCCUCACCUGGUGUCAGUUUAUCUGGACUGGAUGUCAGCAGCAGUGGAGUGAUGCUGGACUGCAGCGCUGCAGGCUGGUAUCCAGAACCUGAGCUGUUCUGGCUGGACGGAGACGGAAACAUCAUGUCUGCUGGACCUGCAGAGAAAAGCCCAGAUCCUGAUGGUGUUUACACUGUUAGCAGCAGAGUGACUGUAGAGAAGAGAAACUACAACAACUUUACCUGCAGAGUCCAACAGAGAGACAUCAACCAGAGCAGAGAGACACACAUUCAUGUUCCAGAUGGUUUCUUCAUUCCUCAGCCUGACUGCAGCGUUUCUAUUGGCUCUAUGGUGAUUCUGCUUUUCACACUUUUUAUUGGAGCUGCUGCUUUUAUAUGGAAUUGGAGGCAAACUGAAACAUCAAAGAAGAAGCUAAAAGUUAAAGCGAAUGAGGAGGAAAAGCAGCUCAUGAUAAAAGAAAAAGAGAAAUUGCCAGAAAAGAAAUCAAAGCUUGAGGAGGAAUUAAAAUAUAGAAAUGAGGAUCAGAAAAUUAUUGAUCAGCUGAUUGGAACAUUAAUGGAGACAUCAGAGGAACUGAAGAAUCAGAGAAAACAACUCAGUGAACAAAGAGAGAAAACAGAGAAAAUGAUUGAUGAGGAUGAGAAGAAAUUUAACACAAUUAUUAAUGAAGAAAAAAACCAGACAGAGAACAUGAUAGAGACUAGAGCACAAAGAUAUUUAAAACUGAAGGAAAUCAUAGCAGAGAGUCUAGAGAAAAUGGAGAAGAGAAAGAAAGAUCAUCAACAUGUGGAACUGAUGACAGAGAAACUAGUAGAGAAAACAUGUAAAGAGGUUAACAGGCUGAAGGAGAGGAAACAGGAAAUAGAGAAAAAUGUAGAGGAAAUUAAAAAACAACUUGAUGAAAUGAAAACAUGAAUAUGAUUUCACCACUGAGACAGAAACAGAUUCAGUUCAUUUUUUACAUGAUGUGAGGAAAUAAAAUUAUCAGGUUUCAGUUCAUUAAAUUCGGUGGAAACUUUCAGACGUUUUUCUGAUUCAGGGCAAAAAUAAUUUUGAAGAAAUAAAUCAGCAGAAAAGUUUAAUCUCAGCAGUCAUUUGAUUUUUGCAUGUAAGGAUUAUUUUAGAAAAGUCCUGGAUGGGAUUCAUUAAAUUAAAUUAACUCCAACCAGGAACAAAUAUUGACUUUAUAACUGUAACAUAAAUAUCUGAAUACAGAUAUUUAUCUGUUUUCAGAUAUUUAUGUUUAUUCUGAGGUUUUAUCUUCAUCCUGACAUUUGAUUCAGUCUCUUUUUUAUCAGGACACAGAAUAAGACACGUUUGCUUUUUGUUUUAGUGCUUAAAACAACAAGUUUUGUCACUUUUUUGUAUUUAUUUAACUUGACUUUAAAUCUGGUCAUUUCCCUUAAUGCCUCUCAGAAUGAACAUCAAAACAUCCAGUAACAAGGAGACUUUCUGUUGAUUGUUUUACAGCAAAUGUUUGUAUCUGUGUUUUAUUCUUAUGUGUUUUAAUCUGUGUUUUAUAAAUAUUGCACAGUACUUUGGAGCAGUUGUUCACUUUGACUUAAAAAA